GGAUAAAGAAAUGCGAAGGAUGGAUAACCUAGCUUAUCUCUACAAUGGGAAAACCUCCAGUAGACUUCUGCAGGUGACCACUAAGGAGCAGAAGAGACAGAUGUUUAUGAAGAACAAGGCCAAAGAUCAGAGGAAGGAUAGGGGUACCAAUGAAUAUUCCUAGUGAGGAGGAGGAAGAUGAAAUAUUAGACUUUAGUCAAGCUACAAAAAUGCUUCAAGAAAAUUUUUCUAAGUAUCAAGUACACGAAGUAAUCCCCCUCGAUACUAUUAUAAAUAAUCACAUCAAAAGGAAUUCCAGAAAAUCAAAAAUUAGAUCAAUAGAUGAUUAUUACGUGUUCGCUGAUUUCUUCCCACCAGGAAAGCACCAAGCUUCAAUAGGUUAUUGGGAUGUCGGUGUUCUGAAUAGUAAAUUAUGCAUGGAUCUCAUCAUUCCAUAUAAGCUUGACAAACCAGAGAUAGAACUUAAAAGAGUUAAAUAAAGAAAAUAUCAUCAGAGCUUUUUAAAAAACUUAACAGUGUAUUUAAAGACUGGAGUGAGGACACCCCAGAACUACUCAGAGCCUUAGUUGACAUGGAUUUUUCAUAUUCCAAAAUCAGUAGAAUCAUCAAGUCUGAAGGGGAAUUUGAACAAACUAGGGAUAUAUUUAAUGCAUAUAUUGAAAAUCUAAAGGAAUUAUUCAUCCACUGAAUUGGAAAAUCUUCAUUUCCAGGCCUCUCGUGGCUAGAUUUAUCCUCUCUUUGUCAAGAAUGGAGCAUUGUUGACUCAAAUUGUAGCCUUGCAGAUAUAGAUAGGAUCUUUAUUGCUACAAAAGUGUCUGAUCGGUUUAAGUCAACAAAAGAUUUGUCAAGGUUCGAAUUUUGGGAAGUUCUUGUGAGGAUUGCUAUUAAAUAAAUAUUUUGAGCCUGGAAUCAUCAAUUCAAUUCCUUCAGCAGUAGAGGAGCUGAUCACAAAGAACCUUCUAACCCAUUUCAAGCCUAGAAUUGAUUGGAAAAAGUGGAGAGAAAUGGAGCUAUGGAAUCUCAACAUCGAUGAUCUUUUCAAGAGGAAUCUUGAAAAUCUUAAUUUACUCUAUUCAAGGAAUCUUACCCAAAUGAAGAAAUUCAUGUCAUAUUCAGACUUAAUGGAACUUACUAAGGAAGCAGAAGUUGAUAUACUUGAAAAUAAAAUAAAUCUAGCCUAUUCUUACUCCAAAAUGACAGUGCUGGAUGAAGUAAAAGCGCUUGGGAUUCUUAAAAAGCUAUCAAAAACAAGCGGAAAAGUCUAUGAGGGCUACUUUAAAGUGCAAUUUACUGAAUUCAUUGAGUUUAUCGGAAGAUUGGCACAAAUUCAGAAUUUAGAUAAGCACGAGCAUAACUACAGGGGAAUGCUCAAAGAUACUAUAGAGAUAAUACUCUCUCAAUUUUUAAGUGUUAUAGGAAAAUCGCUUGCUCCUGAACCAGAAAUCAAAGAAUAGGCACUUAAAUUUUAAACUCAGAUAGUUU